AACAUAUAAAAGUGGCAAUGUGAAUUGAUGGUAUUUGCACACGAGCUAGUAACGCAAAAUAAUAUAUAUUAAUAUUUUACUAUUAUUGUCAAGUAUAAUGGCAUUCGCAAGUGUUGUGUUAAUAUCUUUGGUAUGGAUCGCCAUAAGUUACUUUGUCUGUAAUUUUCGAUUGAUUUCCAUUAAAAUGAUAAACCCUCUGCCCGGUCCAAAAGCAUUGCCGCUUGUCGGGAGCGCCUUCUAUUUUCUACAGAAGAAUCCUAAUGAAAUUUUGAUUUCCCUACUUAAGCUUAUGAGAAAUUACUCGUCCCCGUUUCAAGUUUGGAUAGGCAACAAGCUAUUUAUUGGAAUAUAUGAGCCGGAUCAAAUAAAGAUCGUCUUACAAAAUAGGCAUUGCUUGAAUAAGGGUGUAUUAUAUAAACUUAUUGAACCAACACUUGGCAAGGCAUCAAUACUUACGGCUCCUACAUCCAUAUGGACUAAGAAUCGAAAAAUAUCAGCACUAAACUUUAAUACAAAUAUGUUACGAGGCUUUUUCGAUAUAUUUGUCGAACAAUCUUUAAUAUUGGCAGAUAAAUUAAAAAAAAUCGAAUUAAAAGAAAGAGAGAUUGAUUUAUUCGAACCUCUUUCGCUGUGUACUAUGACCACUGCAUAUAACACUAUAUUAGGCGUCAACUUGGAUUCACGAUUAGACAUAAUCAGGCAAUGUUGUGAAACAAUAAUAAGUUGUAAAAAAAGUUUAAGCUACAGAUUCAAGAAUAUAUUCUUGUACUCUAAUAUUAUAUUCAACCUGACUGAUUUCGGACGCAAGCAACAGAAAAGUUUAAACUUUAUACAUUCCUUCGUGGAUAAGAUGAUACAGCAGCGGCAAUAUGCAUUAAAUAAAUCGAAUAUAGCGGAUAUUAACAUUGAGAAUAAAAUAACUCACAAGGCAUUUUGCGAUGUUUUUUUGGAAUCCCAUAAAGAAAAACACACGAAAGAGGAUAUUCAAAAUAACGUUCUUACAAUGCUUGUAGCGUCUGCUGAAACAACUGCUAUUACAGUAAAUUUUGUGAUCUUCAUAUUCGCGAAUUUCCCGGAGAUACAAGAAAAAGCAUAUAAGGAAUUGUUGGAGAUUUACGGCAUGGAGACUCCUAGAUCCGUACCAGUUAAAUAUGAGGAUCUACAACACAUGAAUUAUUUGGAUCGCGUUAUUAAGGAAACAUUGCGAUUAUUCCCUGUAGUGCCUGUAAUCGCACGACAAUUGACUGAAGAUAUAAGAAUAGGAAAGAAUAUUUUACCGAAAGGUGCUGAUGUUGUCUUAGCAUUAGGAAAGGUGCAUCGGAAUAAAAAGUAUUGGCCAAAUCCAUUAGUGUUUGACCCAGAUAGAUUUCUUCCAGAAAGAUUAGAAAACUCUCAGUCAUAUUAUUAUAUGCCUUUUAGUAACGGGCCUAGAAAUUGCAUAGGUAUGAAAUAUGCGAUGAUUUCCAUAAAGGUUAUACUAGCAACUUUGAUACGAACAUUCGUAUUCAAAGUAGAUGAAAGUAUCGGAAUCGAUAAGAUAAAAUUAAAGCUUGAGGUUCUACUGUCUCCUCUUGAACCUCUAAAAGUCAAAAUUGAGAAACGGAAUUUUCUAUCGGAAAGAAUAUAGUGCACAAAUAUAUUUGAUAAAAUAAUAUAUGAUAUAUUUUUGUGUAUGUAAUAUUCCGCAUAUAUCGUUACAUUAGUCAAUAUUCAUGUACAUAUAAAUAGUAUGACAUUUUUACAAUUAACUAUGAAAAUAAGAAAUGAUAAAUUAUAUUAAAA